AGUAUAAACAUAAUUGAGUUUUAGAUACUAACAAAAAAAGCUAAAGGGCUUCAUUUAACAAAAUGAUUUACGUAGGGGUUCGUUUAACAAAAUGUAAUGUUAAUGACUUAAUGUACGUAAACUUGCAGUGAUAACUACACAUUACAUUUGAAAGUCUUUUCUCAGAAAAAAAACUACGCACUACAUACGUAGUACAUAAUGUUCAAAAAUAAAAUAAAAUACGUACUACAUAUGUUUUCAAAUUUCAAUUAUUAUGUACAUAUUUUCUUACAAUAUUUAAAUAAGUACAUACAUAAAUAAAACCCGUCGGUAUAUUCAUAAAUUGACAUCUCAUGGUACGUCUGGGGAAAAUAUUAUCUUUUUAUCAAAAAAAAAAACUGGUCGAAUACACAGUUUUGUCAUAACAAUAAAACUAGUUAUUAAAAGACAAAACCUAUACGGUGUCAUUUUUUACGGUCCACGCGUUCAGCAAAAUCUUUUGUCUGCUGCAUGCUCCGGUAGCUUUGGCUUAUUAACAAGCAAUUAACCAGAAUAAUCAGCUGUUAGCUAAUACAGUAUAGCUUUAUUUCUUGUUCGGUUUUAUAUAUUUCAAGUGGAUUAGGUUACUACUAAACCUUACGAUAUAGAGAUGGGGGCACCCCAGAGCAAACAGUGUCCCUACAAGCUGCUCCUUAUAUGUUUAACAGUACAGUAAUAUAUGGCCAAAUUGCAAUUACUUAUUUUUAUACAAGUGGUGGUAAUUAGUGGACUUCGCUUUUUAUGAAAACCAUUCACAGUGAGGCAGAAACGAUAUAUUAAAUACACACACAGCUUUGCCAAUAAUUGAAAAUAGGUAUGAGUGGAUAAACAGUAAAACCAAUUAUAUAACAUAUGAUUCCACGACUUCUCUUCAAAUCCAUUUUAAAAUUUCAAGCCAAAACUGAACAAUAAAUAAACUGUAGCUGGUGUCACCUGAAAUUAUAGGUCGGACCAUAGUGAAAAAUAUCACCGGUCCAUAUACUAUAUAAAUAUGUUAACCUAAAGUCCACAGAUGUUGAGAAUUUAAUUAAGGGGAGUACCCCAGCUGUAAAGCCUACAACUUUUCUUAUCUCAUUUAUGGUGCGAACCUUUUUUGGUCCUGCCCAAUGCAUGUUUUUAUAGUAUAAUUUCAAUUUUCAAGGAGAAAAUAAUUCGAUUUAUACGCAUAUCACCUUGUGUGUAUAUAAUUCACGUGUUGACUAUAUACGAGAUACGACUUAGAGGAGGCGUAUACAAAUGAACCCGUGUGCACGAAUGACAAUCAGUCGUUGGAUUAGUAGUUGCCAACAAGUUGCCUUAGUUAAUAAAUUAGUAUUUUGCUUUUGUUUUGGGUUUGUUAUGAUCAAAGAUAAUGUAAUAAUGUUUUUAAUAAUAAUCAUACAUAUAUUACGACAAAAAUAGACCUGUUCAUUACUCAGAAAUUAUUUGAAGACGAAAUAGAAUAAUGUCCUUUAUUAUAUUUAUAUUCAAUAGGUGUGAUACAAAUUAUUUUUAUUGAUUUAUAUACUAUGUAUAUGAUUUAUUUUCUUGAUUUCAACAUCGUUAGAUUCUAUUUUCCGAAUAAGUAUAAGUUAAAAUUCCGACGACUGUUAUUUGAAAUGUCUUGAAAUAAAUAAUUAAAGAUAGAUUUCGUGUUAAGCCCGGUAACGUUAUAUAAAUGUAGAACAUGGGGUGUUUGUCCUCUUUAAUUAUCUAUCUAUCACUGAAUAAGAUACAUUCGGAUUAGGGAUUACGUCAAGUGCCAAUCAUAUUGUUAUCACUAAAACCAUAUCUUAAUUGCUUUCAAAUCCAGUUAACGUCAGUCCAUUUAUAAAAAAAGAUGGAAACCCUAGUAUUUAAUAAUUCAAUAUGGACUUCAAUAUGCAUGAUACGAAAAUUAAACACUAACUUGUAAAAUUUUGUUUGAACUUUGUAUACUCCCGUAAACCAAAUCUCGUCACUCCAAGCUAAAGUUAGAUAGCUCAGUAGCAUAGAAAAUGUUAUAGUGGUACUAUCUCUUGCAUUGUAGCAAAAUGGUGCUCCUAAAAGAAUGAUAAACUGGAAAAAUGUAAUAUUAUUACGAUAUAGAAAAUAUAGAAAUUAAUUGGUCCCUUAGAAAUUGUUAGAAGACUAUAAGUUCCACUCAAAAUCUUAUUCUCUUGUCUUAACACACGUUGAGUAGCAUUGUGGAUUAUACUUACAUGAGUUACAUCUAUACUACUGUAUUAUAUAUUCUACUUUCUUACCAAUAUAGAAGAUACCAGUCAUAGAUUCGGACACAACAUAAGCACAACACAUGUAAAAAAAAGAACAAACCAUAAUCUGAAUUCUCGUCUUCCUAGUUCCUACAACAGGUAGACCGAACGUACAUAAAUCAUGACCAUAAUUUGUUUCUUUCAUGACGAGAAAUUGAUUGUGCUUACAUUACUCGAGUGCAUGAAAACAUUACAUACAAUCCAGUUGAUUGAACUUACUGAUAUGUCGAAAUUCUCUGGCUGAUAGAUAAGUUAUGAACAAUAUCAGGAUCCUUUUUUUUUUGAACAGCCAAUAUCAGGAUCCUACAACUAAUAUACUCUUUGAAUUUUACACGUAAUCUCGAUUUUUCAGGAAUCUUUUAAGGCCCACUCUGAAAAUAAUAUGCCAACUAAACUUUCUUUAAUAAACAAAAUGAGCUUUGCACGAAGACGCAUGUCGACUAUAAUUCAAUGUGGAUUUUUUUUCUUCCAGAAAAGUUAGACCAUACGCCAAUUUAAAUGUUGUGCUAGUAAAUUUUUACAUUUCUUUCGUCAAAUUUUUUUUUUUACAUUUCUUAUAAUAUAUUAUUCAAUUCAUAUCUAAAUAAGUAAAUUUUGCCUUUUUCAUACUUGAUUCUAACAGUGGUACAUAAACUACUUUUUUUAUGGUAAUCUAGAUACCAUAUGUAACGGAUUACAUUGUUUUAGUCGACAACGUUUAUUCAAUGACACUAUAUAUUUCUGUCAACAUAAAUUAAUUUUGGUUUUAACCUAUUGUUCUUAAUCUCAAUUUGAUUUGUUUGUUUAACCGAUGUCUUUUUGUUUAAAAAUUUAAAUACUUUUUUUAUUAAAACAAUAGUUUUACUGCCAUAAUGAAAUAGUAUAUGCAAAAAUAUUAGAAUCAGAUAUAUAAAAAAUGAUUCGGGUAUAAAUUAAAUAAUACAUUGAAUUUAAAUAUUUACUAGCACAUUCUUUGAACUAGUGGAUGGUCUAUCUUUUUAUUACUGAGGUAUGAAAAAUCUCAAAAUUAGAAAGAUAGAAUAUAAAGACGAAAACUGUAUUUCUUACUUUUAUUUCUCAAGAAGCUAGGAAAUAGCCAAAUCCAAGCAUUGACUCUUUAUCCAAUGUCUUACCCUUUGUCUAUAACUGUCCCUCAUCUUUCACUCUCUACACCAAAUCUCUCUUUCUCAUCUCUCUUUCUUUCUUAUAAGAAAGAGCAAAAAAGCUUACUUCGUUUUAAUAUUUCUAUGAUUCUGAAUUCCACACGAACAGAGAAAAAGAAAGUGAACGAAUAAAAGUUUAAAGUAAUCUUUGUCUCCAUGGCUGCUGAGAAGAAGAAGAAGAAACAUUUACACGAGCUUCUUCAAGAUGACCAAGAGCCUUUUCAUCUCAACCAUUACAUCUCCGACCUUAGGUCUCAGAUGGGCUGCUCUGAGUUGCGUGUCAAGAAACGAAAGUCCGAAAACGCCGCCGUUCUGCCUCAUGGUUUCUUCUCAUGCGAGAGUUCUUGUUUCUUCGCGACUCAUGCUAAUAAGUCUCCUCUCUUUGAGCUACGCUCUCCAGCGAAUAAGAAGGUUCGCGACGGUCUUCAUAUUCCGGCGAGAACCGCCGCAAUUCUACUGGAAGCGGCGGCGAGGAUUCAGAAGCAGCAGAAUAAUAAGAGCAAGAACAGAGCUCGGAACAGAGGAAACGCGUUUGGUUUGUUAGGGUCUGUUUUAAAGCGGUUGACUAAUCUUAAUGGGAAACCGCCUUUGGACAACGCUGAUAGAAACGCGGUUUUGUCGGAACCGACGUGUAGGAGUAGCAGCAGUCGAGAGCGUUUGGUUGAGAUUGGCGAUAAGUAUUUUUGUGAGAGCCCUAUUCAUUUCGUUCUCCAUACAACUCCUUCUACUUCCGGCCACCGGACCUCCCACUUCACGUCGACGGCUACUUCUCCGGCGCGACGCAGUACAGAGGACGAAGAUAGCGAUGAGACAGAGAGCUUGGAGAAAGUGAGAGGACAAGAAGAAGAAGAGGAACAAUGUAGCCCUGUUUCUGUACUUGACCCUCUUGAGGAAGAAGAGGACGACAAGGACCACCACCAACAAGAGCCUGGCCAUCUCAAUCUCCCCUCGUGCAGCUUUGAAGUUGUACAGCGUGCGAAAAGGCGGCUACUCAAGAAGCUUCGUAGAUUCGAGAAGUUAGCAGGGCUGGAGCCCGCAGACCUUGAAGGGAAGAUGUCAGAAGAAGAAGAAGUGUGUGAAGAGAGCGAGGAAGACGAUAACAUAAGGGUAUAUGAUUGGGAUGAAGAAUAUGAGGACGUGAAUGAAGCUAUGGCUCGAGAGAGCGGAUGCAUGCAAGAGGAGAGGCAGGAGAAGUGGAUGAUGUUGAAUGCAUGGAGAGUAGGGAUGGGUGCGGAUGUAUACGUGGACGCGGUGGUGCAGAAAGAUAUGAGAGGAGAGGCCGGACAGUGGACAAAACACGGUGGAGAAGUGGAGGAGACCGUCGCUGAUCUCGAGCUCUCCAUCUUCUUGUUCUUGAUUGAUGAAUUUUCCCACGAACUUGUUUCUUCUCAAUCAUGAACAUAUAUAUAAUGAAAUUUAUUAGAGGCAGGAAGGUUAGUAUAUUUCUAGAUAUCUUUGACUUGAUAAACCGAAUUAACCUAUAUAUCUUGAAUCCUAAAUUUGAUUCAUUUCUUGUCCCUUCGAACGAUUAUAAAUGUCAAAACGUUAAUUUUUCUUA